AUGUUGCAAGACACUCGUUGCUACUUGGAGCGAGCCUUUGCCAUGGUGGUGCGCACCCAAAGCAUCCAUCGCGUGCUUCCGUGGCGAUGCCGCGGAAAGCUGCACUUGCCAAGCUCGUGGCAUCGGUGCUGGGGUUCGCAAAAGCCGACGUGCUGCCAGUUGGACUCCACUGCACGUCUUGUGCCCAGUGUGCUUGCAAUCGUGAUCGGAGCGGAGGUCGACAGUUCGGUAUACACUCCAAGAUACUCUGCCCUCACCGUGGAGUCAGCCACGCCGGGAACAGAUGAGUUCACAUGCCCGGGAUACUUCCGCGCACGGACCUGCUGCGAAGUCAGCGAGAUGGAGAGGAUUUGGGAGAAGGUCGAGGAUAUGUUGCAGUUCAUCAUCAGAGUGCUAGAUGAUCAGGGAAGAGAUCUGCAGGCUGCGGAGGAGGAAGAGGCUGCAGGUCUCUUCCAUGACGACGGAUCUCCGUGUUCGAAGUACCAAGUGCAGCUUUUUCAUUCGCGUCUUCAAGGCUCUCGGGCUGCUCGUGAAGCAACCGCCAAAGGCUUGGACAUCCUUCAAGGAUCGACCAUGCAUCUGCUAUGUGCCGCCUGUUUCCAGAGCUCCUCUGCGUUGAAGCUGGAGCAGGUGGACAACUUCACUCAGAGCGCGCUGCUCUCUCUCCAGGAUAGGAUGGGUGCCAUCUUCACAGAACAACUGCUCCAGGAUGUGCCACCGGAUCCAUCUUGUUCACUUGCUUACAUAAUGGAGCUCACCGCAGGGAGCCUUUUUCCAGCCUGGGGCCGCUUUUCGCCUGCCUUGGCUGCAUCUUCCUCGUUGCUCCAGACUUUCGCAGCAUGGAUGGACCGAGUUCUUUCGCUGCUGGUUGAAGUUCCUGGAUCUUUGCUGUUUCAGCACACCAUGCUGAAGCUCCUGCUCUUCUAUGGCGAGAGGCCCGAAAGUGAUGCCUUCCAACUCCUGAUUGGGCAAGCGCCAACAUCGGAUCGGCAGCAUAGACCGGUCCAGGCCGAUCCUCCGACCCUUUGCCCCGAGAACGCUCCCAGGCUCUUCCUUUUUGUCCGCCAGGCGGUGCGUCCGGAACAGGCCGCGAAGUGCUACCGGGAACUUCAGGCACUUUCAUCGUCCUCCCUUCGCUGGGUCGUGACCAAUCAGUCCCAUGUCGCAGCUCUUUCUGACGAGGUGGCACUUCGCGGCCAAAGUCCCAAAGUGGAGCUCAUUUGGCGCCGCUUCGAGGUGCGAAAUCUCGACAGUUUCGUGGCCGAUAUCUGCCCUGGAGUGCCUGCAUGGGUAGCAGAUGUCGAGGCACUAGAUUGCCAUACUCUUGCUGGAUCCAUCUCCAGGCUGGUCACAGCACCGGUGGAGCAGGAUUUGUUGCCAUCUUCGUGGCCCCAGGGUCUGCGCCCGGCGAGGCCGCAAUCGUCGCCUUCUGUCUGGCCGUCUCCGUCAAUCAGCAACUACAUUCAGGCACAUGCUGCACUGGUCCGACGUUUGGGAGAAGGCGGUGAACCAACGAACUCUAAGGUCUUGGUGUAUGCGUGCACGGCGAUGAGUUACUGUGGCGGACACGGAGAUAGGCUAAACGGGAUGCUUAGUGCCUUUGUCGUCGCCCUAUUGUCGGACAGAGCUUUUUUCAUCGACUCGCAGCGCCCUGUGCCGCUCAGCAUGGUUUUGCAGCCGAGACCCGGCGGACUUGAUUGGCGAAUGUUUGGUUCCCAUGCGGCGCUGCCGGCCGGCUUCAACCUGAACGACAACUUGGCGGCCUUCGAGCAAAAUCCACGCAAGGUCCUGGAGAGCCAGGAGAAGGUCAUCAGGCUUGUUUCUAAUCAGCGUCUGACCGCUGCUGCGCUGCAGGCGUCAGGGCAGCGAGCGGAAAGUCUAGGUUUGAGCCGUCAGCCGGCACUGCACUCGCAUCUUUUUCAGAUGCUCUUCGUGCCGUCUCCAGCCCUGCAAGCCCGCCUGAACGCGCGUGAUCUGCCGGCGGGGCGCCGCAUAGGCGUGCACUUCCGCGCGGGCGAUCAAAUGCCACAGAACUGGAAGGACCCUCCGCGCCACCCGCUCUCGGAGCUGGACGAGUUCCUGGACUGUGCGCAGAGCCUUGAGAAGGAUUAUGGCUGGGAUGCAACGUUCAUUCUUUUUGCUGAUACCGACAAAGUGCUGACAAUUCCUCGUGUCCAGGAGCUCAUGUCCGCAGGAAAGCUGGUCUGGCCCAGUGAGCCUGAUGGCCUUGUGCAUUUGGACCGAUCGCCGGCGACACUUACGGUCCGAGGGCUCCUCCAGACUUGGUCAGACUGGUGGACCUUGGCUUUUGACGUGGAUGCCUUGGUCCUCUGCCACAGCGGCUUCGGCGCGACAGCUUUGGAGAUUGGUCCAAGACGCCCUGCUGUUAUUGGACGUGGAUGCGUGCCCGCAGACGGAACCACAGGGUGA